CAAAAUGUAAACACACUGUUCCGCGGAAGGAACUGCACUCAGCCCACAGGUACAAGUGAAAUUCAGUUAUCGGAAGUAAUUUGUUCGGUCUUAAUUGAUUAUCUUCUAAAUAGUUUAUAAUUAGUUCAAAACGAGUUCAAAAGUGAGAGCAAAUCCUCGGGUCCAGUCCGGUACAAUGUCGUUCUCCAACGUCGAGAAAAAGGAAGAACAGGAAUCCAUCGAAAUGGACGAGCUGGAACAGUUACUAUUGGCAGCGGAAUCUGAGGAAAUUUCAUUCGUAAAAAUAGCACCUUCUACCAGUUUGACUGCUCCGAAAGACGGUUCGAUAAGUAGCUCAUCAUCCAGCAAGAAACCUGCACUGAAAUCAAGUUCGAUUUCGCUCAGUGGCUCGACUUUCCUGCAAGAUGUGGAAGGACAAAGCUCGGGACCUGCCAAGCAAGAAAAAUCAGCCAUAAAACCUUCCAGCGCGGUCCAUAGUGGCGAUACGGACUCGUCCGAUGAUGAGGAGGUCCGGAACUUCCUGGAGAAAAAGUACGAUGAAUAUGGACGUGGUAUUAAUGCAUUGCUCAAGCAAAAAGAGGAGGAAAGGGUUGAUAUUCAAAUUUCGAACUUCAUUGAUAGAGCUUUGAAAAAGGCUGACGAAGAAGUUUCGAAGCUACCUAAAACGGACACUCCUAAAACAAAAGCAGAAAAGACGACUGGAGAUGUUAAGCCUUUCCCUGGGGCAAUGGCCGUGGAUUCGGCAGUGCCGAUUACCAAUGGUAAGAUACCGAACAUAUUCCAAAAAAGCGUAUAUACCGAUCCAAUCUUUGGUAUACGAUUAGUCCAUCCCCUGAUUUCAAGCAAUAUCCUUAAGGAGAGAAUGCAAGGAAGGAAACCGGUUCCCAUGAGUAAGAUUAAAUAUCACAUUGAACAUGGGAACCUGAAGGAAGAUUGGGCCGUUGCUGGUGCUGUUCUGAGUAAGAGUCCUCCAAAAACGACUUCCAAAGGUGGCCAAUUUUCGAUUUGGAAACUAAGUGACCUCCAUGGGGAAAUUAAAACCAUAAGCUUGUUCCUGUUUUCGCAAGCCCACAAAGAUUUGUGGAAAACGGCCGAAGGGAUGGUCAUCAGUAUUCUCAAUCCGGGUGUGUUGGAACGCAAUGAGGACAGAAAUAUCGAGGCCGUGCUCUCGAUCGACAAAUCCGCCAAGGUGAUGAUACUGGGUCAGUCGAGGGACAUGGGCACGUGCCGAAGCAGGAAGAAGAACGGAGAGCGCUGUACGGCCGUUGUGAAUCUGGAGAAGUGCGAGUACUGCGUGUACCACGUGAAGCAGGAGUACAACAAGGCCUGCAAUCGGGGUGGGCUCAUUUCGUCGACGGCCGGACGGGGACUGAAUGAGCUGCGGAAUAAGGUGCUAGGGAAGAAUGAGGUAUUCUACGGUGGUCAAAGCUUUUCAGCCGUCAAGGCCAAAAAGAAUCCCAAACAAGUUGAAAAAGAUAACCACCGCAUGAUGACCCUAUCCGACUACUAUCAGUCUCCGUUCCAGGGCAGCAGUGGUCAGUCGCAAUCAAGUUCAUCAGUUCCAUCCUAUCGGCAACAACCAAAUGCAAAACCCGUCCAAAUUAAAUCAUCGGCAGCUAGACUGGAACUGGACAUUAAACAGCGCCAAAAAGAUAUGGAACGUUUGAAGCAACUAGGACUAGGUAGUACUGAAGGAUCUUUAUCGAUAACAAAUGUCUCGAAAGAAGUAACUGUUGCUCAAAAGAUUACUCAAUCGAAUAAUACUCCAACUUCGUCUCCUCGUCCUUCAGUUCUCAAUGGUUUUGAAAACAGAUCAUUUAGCUUAGAAUCUAAACCAGCACCUAGACUGAGCACUGGUAAUUUUGUCAUAGACAUGUCAGUCUCCCCAAAGCAUGCAGUUCAUUCUCGCCAGAAAGCCAUCGAUAUUCUGAAAAAGAAACCAUUAGAAAAGUCCAAUCCAAAUUUCAUCAAAUAUCGAGGCACGGAAACAGGAAAGAAGCGCGCCUUAGAAGAGAUUCAAAUGAAAGAUGAAACAGAAAACGACAAUCUCUCGAAAAAGCAGAAGCUAGAUAAAGAGGAUCAGGCACGCAAGGAUCGCCUCAAGGCGAUCAUGGAAGCGACCUCGUCACACACAGACCUGAUCAAAGCUCAUGAGGACGAAGAGCAGGAAAAGUACUUCAAGGAUCUGGAACGGAAGGAAGCGAUGGAGGAGAAGAUGAUGAACACCUUCAAGGUGGAAUGCAAGGCUGUGAUAUGUGUGCAGUGCAAAUACAUAGCCUUCUCGGCGGCCGACCGUUGCAAGGAGGAACGGCACGAGCUCAAAGUUCGCGAUGCCGAGAAACGGUUCUUCAAGUGUGCUGACUGUGGCAAUAGGACGGUUUCGUUACACCGUUUGCCCAAAACUACCUGCAAGAACUGCCAAAGCUCGCGGUGGGAGCGCUGUGCAAUGAUGCGUGAUAAGAAAGGACCGAAUAUCGGAACGGCGUUGUCGAUUCGGGGCGAUGAGGAGAAGUUUUUGGGAAGCUGCGCGAAUAGUGCCAGUUUGAAUUUGUUAGUUCCAGAUGAAAAUUAAUAUAUACGUUGGAAGGUCCUAUUGAACUCUUUCGCUAAAUGAAUGCGAAAAUUCUCAUGCAUCCAAGGCAACGAUGAGUUCUGAUGCUGCUUCUGGCCCUCCAUUUUUCUAUUCAAUUCCUCAGCAAAGUGGUAAGACAAACUUCCUCAGAGUUUUGGAUGUGCUGAUUAUAAAAUAACGUAAAUGUAAUUUCAGAUAAACAGAAAGUGCGUUAUGGCUAGAAACCGCCAGCAGAAACCAUCUUUGACGGCGUCUUUCUUUUGACAGAAGAGCCUGUUGUUUCAGGAUUGAAAAUAAUAAUUAUCAAAAAAAAUGUAUUUCAGGAAAUCUUGAAUAAAUAAACCUACUAUAAA